CGAGUCGAGCUCUCACUCUGCUCGUGCGGAUCGCGUUUCUCGGCGCCUCCACAGCCCGCAGCUGUCAAUUAAAGCUGAUUACUCUCCAUCUGUCACCCACUAAUUAUAGCAUGCAAAUGAGCUGGGGAAGAAAAAUCGCACCCACAAAACGAGACACGUGACACCGGAUCCUGUCUGCGCGCACAUCCACUGACCUCCGUGAACCCAGCUUGCAUUGUUAUAGCAGCUCGUGGGUGCGUGGACACACUGCCGCGAAUAAAGAAAUAAUAAAUUCUUCACGGAAAUGCACGCUCGCGUUGUGGCUCCAGUCCAAUAAUCGGGGGUUUACUGGAGUGCAUAUCUAUCAGUUGAAGAGGUCUGUCUGCUUAGACGUUAUGAAUACAGUCGCUCGAGGCAGCAGUUAUCCGUCGAACUAACUGUGAUUCUGGGGAAUGACGCCUAGAUGGCGCUAUACUACUAAUAAUAGUUAUAUAGCGUCUUUCAUAGUGGACUCCCACCACAAAGCGCGUUACAGAUUUAAUUUAACAUCUCAUCAGCAAGACGGAGCACAAGGAGGUGAAGGGACUCGCUCAGGGGCACAUACAGCGAGUCAGCCAGUGGCAGAGGUGGGAUUUGAACAGGAGACCUUCUGGUUACAAGCCGGGGAGGAGGGAGGCAGUGACUCGGAAGCUCUCUGUUUAGUAGAAACACAAAAGAUGUUAUUACAUAGAUGAAUAGUAAACCGUGUUGAAUCUGUGAUACAAAUAGAGAGAGAGCUCCUUCUCCACCGGGACAGAUUAAACACGAGAGAGAGAGAGCUCCUUCUCCACCGGGACAGAUUAAACACGAGAGAGAGAGCUCCUUCUCCACCGGGACAGAUUAAACACGAGAGAGAGAGAGCUCCUUCUCCACUGGGACAGAUUAAACACGAGAGAGAGAGCUCCUUCUCCACCGGGACAGAUUAAACACGAGAGAGAGAGAGCUCCUUCUCCACCGGGACAGAUUAAACACAAGAGAGAGAGCUCCUUCUCCACCUGGACAGAUUAAACACGAGAGAGAGAGAGCUCCUUCUCCACUGGGACAGAUUAAACACGAGAGAGAGAGAGAGCUCCUUCUCCACUGGGACAGAUUAAACACGAGAGAGAGAGAGCUCCUUCUCCACCGGGACAGAUUAAACACAAGAGAGAGAGCUCCUUCUCCACCUGGACAGAUUAAACACGAGAGAGAGAGAGAGAGCUCCUUCUCCACUGGGACAGAUUAAACACGAGAGAGAGAGAGCUCCUUCUCCACCGGGACAGAUUAAACACAAGAGAGAGAGCUCCUUCUCCACCGGGACAGAUUAAACACGAGAGAGAGAGAGAGAGCUCCUUCUCUACCGGGACAGAUUAAACAGGCGGCUGUGUGUGGGUGAGACAGAUUUGGGGAAGGCAAUUAUUGUCGGCUAAAAACCAAUGGGAAGCAAAAUCCACUCGGGAAUCUGAGUGCGCCCCUCCCCUUUAAAGAGACGGCGUCUCUCUCAGGCUCUCCUGGUUUUUUGUCCCAAAUCAGUCAGCAUUCUCCGAACAGACGAGAAGGGCAGCCUUCGGGAUCGGAGGACAGCGGAUCCGCAGGCAAGGGACUUUUUAAAGGGCUGUACACGUCAGCAGGCUCCGGUUUAAUUCGCUUCGCAACGCGGUGUGGUUUUUCGAUCGUGGCUCUUGAAGCAGACAGUGGAUUCAAACUGGAAAACUCGCUGAAAAGAGAAACACAGUCAGCAGUAUUCGUGAUGGCAGCCUGGUCUUUGAGGGGAGUGAAAACACACAACAAGCCCCAGUAGCGUGGUGUAAUGCUGAUGUGUGCAGACCCAGCUUCACUGCUGCGGACUCUGUUAUUAUCGCAUUGAUCUGCGGGUCGGCUGCUGCUUUACCGAGCGGCGAAGGGCACUUUCCAAACAGGAUUUCCCCAGGAUUUCCAGAGAGAGCUGUGGACGCCGCAAUCUCAUUACAUUGAAAAAAAAAAAAAAAACAAAAAAAAAAACACGCAGACAUCAAGCCGGGAGAUUAAUAAUACCAGUACGAGGGUUCAAGGCAAUAACCCGGUUUCAUAACCGCACAGGAUUUGAGUGCAAAUUAAACGUUCUUUGACCUGUGAGUUUAUCCGGACCGAUAAUACAUUGAACACAGUCACUGUGAUUGACUCCUAGAGACAGGCUGGGUUCUACUGGUACGGUGUAGACUACAAUAAUAACAACACUGUGAUAAUAACGAUAAUAAUAAUAAUAAUAAUAAUAAUAAUAAUAAUAAUAAUAAUAAUAAUAAUCCGCCAGGAAUGGCUUCUGUUGCGGUCUGAACUGGCGGGUCGUUGCUGGUGUUUAAAGGACUCUGUAAAUAGUUGUCGCGCCGUCAGAAAGAGUGAGCUAUGAACUUGGCAGAAAUGUCUUAACUGAGAGCAGAGAAGCUGACGAAACUCGCGAUUGAUCUGAUUGUGUUUUCCGCGCUGUGUGUGUUUACCGAUCGAUCACCUUCGUGUUUAUAACGAAGAGUCAGAGGAGACGGGCUGAGUGCACUGCAAAGCUGCCAGGCGGCUCCCGGUAUAUCCGCCGCUUUUCACCACGCAGGUUAGUGUAAUAAAAUCUCUCACUAUCUGCUCGAGUGUGUUAAAGCUUGAAUCUGCUGCUGGUAUUAAAUUCUCCUAAGCAUAUACACGGAAUUCAAACCAAUAAAUCGAUCUGAUUGUGCGGGAAUGUUUCUGAGAAUAUUCUAAUCGUGUGUUCGCGUAUAAUAUAUACUAAAAACACCUGAGACGCGCAUUAGCUAACACAAGCACAGACAUUAACUGCUCUGGCUAACGAUAGCAUUGCUAAACUUUGUUUUUUUAUUUUACAAUAAGAGACAGCCACAGUAGCACAAUUCCAAUUGAACUAAUAUUCCUAACAGUGAUUUGUCUGCGGAUUCCCAGCUGUCGAGGCGGUGUGCGGCGCUGCUAGGUUGCUGUGCCGGGCAUCCUGUCUGUUCCACUGACUCCCUUCACAUCGCUUCCACACACCCGUGCACUUCAGAGCGUGUGGAUCACGAUUCGGGUCACUCCACACCAGUGACCUGGCCGCGUGUAUUUGACACGCAGGGGAAUGUGGAUAUCUGUGGCAGUCUUUCUCUGGUAACGCGUUCCUCGCUGCUGGCUCCGGUAUCCAGUACAUACUAUUUAGAAAGUGUGAACGCUUUCAAUAGUCUUGGUAAUGCAGUAAUAAGAAGGCGCUUUGUGAACUGUGCUGCGCCUGUUUGUUUUAUUGGACUCUGGUCCCCCCACCCCACCCCACCCCGGCGCAAUGGCGAAGUGGCUGAAGGAUUACCUGAGUUUCGGGAGCCGGCGAGUCCCCCCGCAGCCCCCCAAGCCCGACUACACCGAGAGCGAGCUCCUGAAGGCGUACCGGGCCCAGAAGAACCUUGACUUUGAGGAUCCCUACCUGGAGUCAGAAAACAAGCCCAGACUGGAUGGGGGCCCGGCCGAGCCCCCGACGCCCAGCUCCCCACUCAAACCCGGGACCCUGGAGAUGAAAUUCGUCUCCCCAAAACACCGGCUCAUCAAGGUGGACUCGCAGGACCUGAGCCGGGGGAAGAUUCUGGUGUCUUCAUCAACCGCCGAGCCCAAAGCCGAACCGGCUGCAGUCCCUUCUGCUCUGGCUCCGGGAGGCACGGAUUACUCCGACCCGUUCGACGCAAGGUCCAACCAAGAGGAGGCGCCUUGCAGCGAGAACAACGGAUACAUGGAGCCAUAUGAGGCCCAGAGAGUCAUUACAGAGCUGCAGAAGAAGGGUUCCUCGGAAGGGUUGAAGAGGGGUUCCUUGGAGAGGUUGAAGGGAGGUUCCUCGGAAGGGUUGAAGAGGGGUUCCUUGGAGAGGUUGAAGGGAGGUUCCUCGGAAGGGUUGAAGGGGGGUUCCUCGGAGCGGUUGAAGGGGGGUUCCUAUGAAGGGUUGAAAGGGGGUUCCUCGGAGCGGUUGAAGGGGGGCCGGACCUGCAGGGGGGUUCAGCUCUAUGACACCCCUUAUGAAGCGCGGGGAUGUUAUUUGGAGCCCAAACUCCUGGGGGGAGAGUGGGAGGGGGGACCGCUGCCCCAGGAUGACGAGAGACCAGCCGAUGAGUACGACCAGCCCUGGGAGUGGAAGAAAGAGAACAUCAGCAAAGCCUUCGCAGUGCAGUUUGAGGCGGGGGAGUGGGACCGCUCGCCCCCCUUGAAGGAGCGUCUACACCCCCCUAAGCAGAGUCCCCUGUGCGGGGGCCCCAAGUUCCGCAAGGGCCCCCGCCUGGAAGCAGCUCCCUUGCUGGGGGAGAGAGUGGACCCCAGCCUGCCUCUAGAGCAGCAGGUGUGGUAUCACGGAGCUCUGAGUCGCUCGGAGGCGGAGUCUCUGCUGACGCUGUGUAAGGAGUGCAGCUACCUGGUGAGGAACAGCGAGACGAGCAGGAACGACUUCUCCCUGUCCCUGAGGAAAUGCUCUUUCAUGCACAUGAAGUUCACCAGGUCAAAGGACAACAAAUACAUCCUGGGUCAGAACAGCCCGCCCUUCGACAGCAUCCCCGAGGUCAUCCAUUACUACACCACCCACAAGCUGCCAAUCAAGGGAGCCGAGCACCUAUCACUGCUCUUCCCAGUGCAGGUACAGACUCUUUGAUUGGACCACAGCCUGACCCAGUGCGGGUACAAACUCUUUGAUUGGACCACAGACUCUCCCAGUGGUGGUAAAGACUCUCUGAUUGGACCACAGCCUGACCCAGUGCUGGUAAAGACUCUCUGAUUGGACCCAAAUCCCAAUGGCUGUGUUAUACUUGGUUGCCUGUCCUCGCUUUACCAGCGUCUGAUUGGGCAGCCUUUAGCCUUCCCCUGCUUCUGCCCAAUGGCGAUGGCCUUUCCCUUGGUACAGUGUGACACAAGGGACAAACACACACACGUCGGACAUGCAGUCCUGAGGAGGGAGUCCCAGCUCAGCAAUACUGCAGCUCUGUGUGUCUGUGCAGCUCUGUGUGUCUGUGCAGCUCUGUGUGUCUGUGGAGCUCUGUGUCUGUGCAGCUCUGCUCUCUGUGUGUCUCUUGAGUGGUGUAGUAUAGAGAGAGAGCAGAAUUGUAGCUCAUUUAACCCUGAUGGUGGUGUUACAAACUUUUCACUUGCAAUAUAAAUAUAAAGAGAAUUAUGUAUAUUUAAAAAAAAUAAAUAAGAGAAAACUGCUUCCUUCCAGUGCAGUGACGGACCA